CCGUAAUGAGCGAUGCUAAAGAUGUCGUUAAAAAGAAAAAGGUCAAGCUUCAUAUCGCGAAAGAGCAAAAAAGACCAUUGAAACCUCGACCUGUGGAUAAAUUGAUCUCGCCUUACGUCUUCCAGGUCCCAUAUUGUAAACCAAGAAACGCUGCGUUAUUUUUUAAAGUCCUAGCUAAUCACUAUGGGAAAAUCGCAAGAAAAAAUGCACCAUUAAACGAGGGUAAUACUUCAUUGGAGUUCUUGGAACCUUUGGUGGAAAUUGGCCUCAAAGAGUGCCUUAAAAGCUUGAAAGCUGAUACCAGCCAAAUAACCCUUCUUAUGAUUGAGGGAAAUCUCCAAUGCGACGUUUUAAUGCAGCAUCUGUGUGCUGUCUGCGCGAUUCGGAAUAUACAUUUGUUGAUAGUCUACAAUCUCGCGAAUAAUGUGCGGUGUUUGUUGGCGAGGCCAGGAAACAUAGUUUGCAUUGGAUGGAGAUCAUCGGAUCAAUACCACAGCGAAGUUGCUACAGCUUUAGACAGUAUGCAUCAAACAUGUCAAGCGCAUCCAUUAAGGACUUCGAUGGAAGUUGCCAAUGAUCCGUGCAAAGGUCAAGAGAAUGAUUUGGGGACCAGCACAUAUUCAGAGCGAUUGAAAAAACAAAAUAAUUUUUGUUUGGAAACUAAAGAAAUUCCAGGCACAAGAAUAUCUUUGUUAAGCGACGACCAAAAAGAACUUCAAAGCCAAAAUAUAGUCACAGAAAGCGCAGAAACAGGGUUUAAUACCAGAGAAGGAUUGGAGGAAGAAAGUCAGGAAAAUAAGGAACAAAGUAACGACGUAUCAACAAUGCGGGUCAAAGGGUACCCUGUCCCUUCUGUAUCUAAUGGAGUAAGGAAGACUAAAGAAAAAAAGAAAGAGGCCAGAGCCAAGAAAAAUCAUCGAAAUUAUAAACAUGUAACCGCUGCAUAUUAUGUGCCGAUGUCGAGAAAAGUACGAAAUACCCUAGAGCAAGGCAUGCCAUCUUUCAGAACAGCCGAAGUUGAAGACCAGACGAGUAGCUUGGCAGCAUUGCAGGAACAGUUGUUGAUAAACAAUCUAGAUAUUAGUGCGCUGCAAAAGAGAAAAUCCUCUGAGGAAAUUCAGAAAAAGCUGGCACGCUUAAAUAUAACUAACAAAAAAUUAACGAAACAAAUUAAACUUGCGAAAGAUGAGCAAAAGUUGAAGUUGAAAAAUCAAAUCAAAACCUCGCAAGAAUCUGCCGUGGUUGUGAGACAUGAACUGAAUAUACCAGACUAUUCGAAGGCAAAUGUGAUUAGGUUCACACCUGGCGAAGAAGAUGCCCCUGAUAUUCAGAUUUGAGGGGUCAGUUUAAGUCUCAAUGUUUCAAAAAUUCUCUUUUGCAAAUCAAUCUUAUGUUCUAUUAUACGUUGAGUACAUUGUCAAGUUUACGAGAAGUGUAACAAAAAAUUACCUAAAUUUGAUCAUGUAAUAUGACUAAUAUGAGGUGUAUAAAUUUGCUGAUUCAAUAUAUAUUGUUUCAAAAGUUCCUUUUGGCAUAACGAGUUGUUGUUUAAAAUUGGCAAAUCAAUGAAUUGCUAACUAAUAAAUUGUUCAAAAUGAUGGUUCAUCGAUUUGAAAGAAAAACCAGACAUGCAGAAGAUAAAUAUCCGAAAUAAUCUAAUACUCGUGCUAUCUAUUGAUAUCAAAAUUAUCAGUCUUAGAUUACAUGCUUGAAACAGGUGGCGUCCCUCAUGCUUGAAGCACCGAAUGCUUGAAAUUAAUUUUAGCUUACUU